AUGAAGCCCAUAGGAACUAGUAGUACCUUUAACGUUAACGAUCAAAAUAACUGGUUGGGUUUCUCCCUCUCUCCCCAAAUGGAUAUAGGUGUUUCUUCACAACCUCAUCACCAUCUUCAGACACAGCCUUCCUCUGCUGCUGCUGAAGCAGUUCCACCAAGCUUUUACCACCCUACACAUCUUCAUAACUAUGGCUUUUACUAUGGACUGGAAGGUGAAAAUGUUGGAUUGUAUUCAGCCUUGCCUGUCAUGCCCCUCAAAUCCGAUGGCUCGCUCUAUGGAAUAGAAGCUCUGAGUAAAUCACAAGCACAAGCAGUGACAACUACUUCAACACCAAAACUAGAAAAUUUCUUAGGUGACCAGACAAUAGCGACCCCUAACUAUGAAUGCAACACCAGAGAAGCAACGCCUCUGAGCUUAGAUAACCUAAAUCAUGUACAAGAGAAUAUCAGGCAACAACAAUUCUCAUAUUAUUCUGCCUUAAGAAAUCAUGAUGUGAUGUUAGAAGGGUCCAAGCAAAAUCAGACUUCAGAAAGUCUCCAGCACCCAAAUAUGGCCGAGGAUGAAAUUUUUGGUCUGAAGAGCUGGGUCUCAAGGGACUUUCCUACUAGCCAUGCACAGGAUUCAAAGAUGAUUGUUCCUGUGGAGGAUAAUGGAGGUGAAUCAGGGUCCAUCGGAUCAAUGAUAUAUGGGGAUUUACAUUCAUUGAGCUUGUCCAUGAGUCCUGACUCACAAUCGAACUGUGUCACUUGUUCACAACAGACAGCAACUACUCUCAUUGAUUCUGUUGUCAUUGACAGGAAGAAAAGAGGGCCUGAGAUGGUGGACCAGAAUAAGAAGCAAAUCGUUCACAGGAAAUCCAUUGAUACCUUUGGUCAAAGAACAUCUCAAUAUAGAGGUGUAACAAGGCAUCGGUGGACUGGUAGAUAUGAAGCUCAUCUAUGGGAUAAUAGCUGCAAGAAAGAGGGCCAAGGCAGGAAAGGAAGGCAAGUUUAUCUAGGGGGUUAUGAUAUGGAAGAAAAAGCUGCAAGAGCUUAUGAUCUGGCCGCACUCAAGUAUUGGGGACCCUCCACUCAUAUAAAUUUCCCUUUGGAAAAUUAUCAAAACGAACAUGAGGAAAUGAAGAACAUGACCAGACAAGAAUGUAUUGCUCAUUUACGCAGAAAAAGCAGCGGAUUCUCAAGAGGGGCUUCCAUGUACAGAGGAGUAACAAGACACCAUCAACAUGGAAGGUGGCAAGCUCGAAUUGGGAGAGUGGCUGGAAACAAAGAUCUAUAUCUUGGAACCUUUAGUACACAAGAGGAAGCAGCUGAAGCCUACGACAUUGCUGCUAUAAAAUUCCGAGGAGUUAAUGCUGUUACUAACUUUGAUAUAACAAGAUACGAUGUGGAAAAAAUUAUGGCUAGCAAUGACCUUCUUAGCAGUGAACUAGCUAGACGGAACAGAGAGAUGGGCGGUGGAAAUGGGAACGAGGCUAGUAACCAUAAACCUUCUACUAUAUAUGAUGACACUCAAGAAGCCAUUCUAAUGCAGAAGAGCUGCAAAAGCCAAUCAGAGUUGAAGAUGGUUCUCUAUCAAUCCUCCCAACAAAUUGAGAGUUGCAGAACUGAUCAGUCUUUCUCGAUGGCUUUAGAUAACAUAUUUCAUCAAGAAGUAGAGGAAUUGAGUAAGAUUGGAUCAAAUAUGUCAAAUCCUUCUUCGCUUGCAACAAGCUUGAGCAGUUCAAGAGAAGAAAGCCCAGAUAAGACAAGCUUGCCAAUGCUCUUUGGAAUGCCUUCAACAACGUCUAAAUUAUUAGCUACCCUUCCAACUAGUAACGUGGAUUCUUGGGAGCCAUUAGCACAUCUCAGGCCUGCGCUUUCGUUGCCUCAGAUGCCAGUUUUUGCUGCUUGGACCGAUUCAUAA